CCGCGCGGGGAGGAGCGGCACCUUCCCGGCUGCCGCUGAGUUGGCUCCGAGACUGCUCCCGGUUCUUGAAGUUCCCUUGGAACCCUGCCGCUAACGUGGGGAUGGGCGGUAAAGCAGCUCCCCAGCCCAGGCCUCACAGGGCUGCCAGUACCGCAGGCGGUUGUGGGACCUCCACUACUACUUCGGGGUGGCUGCACUUGACCCCAGGAGCUAAGAGCUGGACUAGCCCAUCUUACCGAAUUGUCAGGAUUGUUAAAAUGAGUCUGCGGAAGCAAACCCCUAGUGACUUCUUAAAGCAAAUCAUUGGACGUCCAGUUGUGGUAAAAUUAAAUUCUGGAGUGGAUUAUCGAGGGGUCCUGGCUUGCCUGGAUGGCUACAUGAAUAUAGCUCUGGAGCAGACAGAAGAGUAUGUAAAUGGACAACUGAAGAAUAAGUAUGGGGAUGCAUUUAUCCGAGGAAACAAUGUGUUGUACAUAAGUACACAGAAGAGAAGGAUGUGAAGACACCAAGAGAACUGUUACUUUUCAUAGCUGGAUAUAUUUUUUAUAAAUUUUUUUUCUAUUAUUUGGUUCUUUUAUGAUAUAAUUUGUCCUAUUUUCAUAAUAGUUGGUGAUUUUUCACCUACAUGUAAGAUAAGUGUAUAAAAUUGUGGAUUUAAUUGUACGAGUUCUUUCACACUUAAGUCUCAGUCAUUUUCUUUUGCCUCUGUGUCAGUGUACACAGUGCUAAAGGAAUUUUUUUAAAAAAGACAAAGUAGUUCGAUUCCUGUAAUGCUCAGCCACCAAAAA